AUGUAUGUAAAGUAUGUUGCUUGUUAUGUUAAUCGUGGGUUUCGUUAAUCGUGUGAGUUUGAAACGUUCUAAACUGAUUGGAACAGCUUUACACAGUUUUACAGGCAACGUUAACGUUGUUCCCAGGGUUUUCCUGGUACGAGAUUGUUUGGCAGGGUGCUAUGUUCCCAACGCUGUGUAUUUAUGUACUUAACAUGCAUAAUAGGCAAUUCCAGCUUUUAGUUUAUGCGUGCAGGGGAUGAUGGGAAGUAAGGUAUCAUAUUGCUGAUUAUGCUGAAAAAAUAAAAUGGUGGCCGUGUAAACACGGAGUGAUAGCUUAUACUUGUAAAUAUUGAAAUAUUUCGGUUGUUUCGGUAGUUUUUAUUGAAACUUUUUAGCAUAAUCAGCAAUAUGAUACCUUACUUCCCAUCAUCCCCUGCAGGCAUAUACUAAAAGCUGGAAUUGCUUAUUGUUUUAUAUGAGAAACGAAGCAGGAGUGAGAAAUCGGCGCUGCAUGAUAUAGACUUAGAACGCGCAAAAAUCAUUAAAAAUUUGCAUAGCAUAACCUGUUGCUAUUUUUGCCACUGGUUAUGGUGAUUGUGAUGAUAAUAGUGAUGAUGAUGAUGGGGUUGGUGGUGGUGGUGGUGACGAUGAGGUUGGUGGUAGUGACGAUAGUGGUAAUGGUGAUGAUGAGUAUGGUGGUGGUGAUCAUUAUGACGAUGGUGAUGACAGUCAUGAUGGUCGUGACGUGAUGAUCGGAUGGUUGGUUAUGACGUUUACGAUUAAUUAAGAUAAUAACAGUAUUUAAUAAUAGAUAACGGUAACACGGGUAUCUGAUGAAUGUACUUAUUAUUUCAAUUAUAUUUUUUACUCGUGAUCAGUUCACAGUUCAAGCAGAUAAACUUGAAAAGAUUGACCAAGAGACAGCGAAAGCAAUUUAUGAAGAAUGUCGUAAGAUUGCGGAGAUGGUUGAUAUGCCGUUGUCUUAUAAAACACCGACCAGGUACAUAUUGUGUGAUGUAAUUAUGAAAUUCAUGUUGCUUGAUUUUAGUAAUAAAGGGAUUUGUUAUUACAAUGAUUACAUUUCUUAUCUAAGAUUUUCAGACGAACAAUCUGGUGGCAAUAAUAGAGAGAGUCCCACUAAAGAAGCACUGGUAAGCGCCUGCAUCAGCAUAUUUUUAAUUAGUGUUUUUUGAAGAAAGGACUUAACUUCAAAUAAAAUAUUCCAAUAUACCGAAUUCGAAGCUAUUUCAUGUUGGAGCCACAUACGUGACCUGAUAGUAUGAUAAUAGUAAUCAAGUACAGAUUACUAACGCAUCAUUACCACAUCAUUUCAACACUAACUACAGUUGCAAAGAACUUUCCAGGUUAUGAAUAUGCAAUCUUCAAAAAUAUUGGGAGAUCAGCCCCACCCCCCAGCCCCUAACUCACUAGCUUAAAAAUCAUCUGCUAUCAUAUAAGGUUUUUAAAUAUCAUUGGAAAAGGAUGGCCUUGUCUGUCACUGAAAAAAAACACGUUUCCAUAACAUGAUAACAAUUUUUCUCAUGAAGGCAAGUUUACGUCAAUGUAACGACGAGCUGCGUCAACGUCUUUCUGACAUGAAGAAACAGAUGGCCAAACAAUCAACACAGACCGAUCACGCCAAUGUAAGUUUUAUUCAAAUAAUUAGAGGAUUAAUUCUAUAUGUACUAAAGCUCAGAUUGUUUUUUGAUAGGAAACCAGCUGUUUAACAAGUAAUAACGAGGUAGCCGAGCUGAGAACACGUCUGACCGGAAAGGUAUAAUAGAGAUUUAGUAACGUUGAUUAAAGUAUAUACCCUAAAGAAAUAUACGUUUUUAUUUAUUUUGCAACUGUAUUUCUUUUUACAAAGGAGGAUGAAAUUCAACGACUACAAAGGUAGAUUUAUUCUGUUUCAUAGAAGACUUUCCACUCUCUCUCUCAUGUCCUCUAGUCAAAUGUAUGAAUUAAACAUUUUUACUCCAUUGUUGAUUUUAAACAGGGAUGGUCCAGCAUGAUCUGGUAGGGGGGUUGCUCUGCCAGCUCUGUUGCCGAGUUGUGUCGGUCAUGUGUGCCGCCCGCCCAUCAACUGCUUCACUACUGCAAAGUCUUGCUUGACUACAGUAUUUGAAUUGUAAUUCUUGUUCACAGUUCGCUUAUCAUCAUGUUAUUACUCAAAUUACUGUAUCUCAUUUUGUCUCUAGUCAUUUUUUGCUUUAUGAAAAAUAGCACCCCCCCCCCCCUGCACCCCCUCUGGCCAGGGGUGCGCACCCCCCCUCCCCCAGUAAAUCCAUCCUUGAUUUUAAAUAACCUUAGUUUAUGACACACUUUAUCUGAUUUUUACAGAAGACACAAUGAAGAAAUCGAGAAGUUGAAAGAUGAAAAGAAAAAAGAACAAUUGGUAUAAACUAUAACGGAAUUAUUUUUAAACAUAUUUGACUAAAGCUCUGGUCACUAAAGCUCUGGUCAAACGAAAAUUAAAGUUGAUGAGCGUCAAGAUCGGAUUUUGGUGGAAAUAGUGAGGGGAGGUGGAAAAAAAUAGGAAUAGUACGGGAGGUGCAGCGGUUUAGCUCACGACCCCCAUGGAAAGUUAGGGCUUAGAACGGGCCAAAGUCAACGACGUGACGUAUGCAUGUAGUGUACAUAUAUGUACCAGCGUAUUAAUGAAUUAUGACUGCACAACUCAUCCAAUUUUGCCAUUCAUUACAAUUACUGCAAAGUUUCUUUCAAAACAUCGCAUUAAAAGGGUACUUGUCACAGUGAUGAAUGGCUAUCACUGUUUCAAUUUUACAGAAAAACCUUUCUUACGAAGUGUAGACCCUAAGCAACCAAAAAAUGUCAAAUUUUCACUUUCAUUUAUCAUUGAAACUUUCCCAAGGGGAGGUUGAAAAAACCUACAUUUUAAUCCCAAGUGAAAUAUAUGUGCAUGCACGUGGGCCAGUGACAAAAGCAAUUCAUAACAAAUCAAAAUGCAUGGAUAACUCUCGAAAGCGAGAAAAGCACAUUUCUAAGAAGCGAGUCAUCACUUGUAGGUUAAUACGUAACUCUAUAUAAAAAAGCUUCUUUAGAUUCUCAAUUUAUUUACAACUUAGCUCCCACUUAUGUUAAUGAUGUUGUUAAUUAUCUUCUCCGUUGACAGUCUUACAGAAGAACUAUUACUAAACUAGAACAAGAGUUUCAGAAACUCGUCGCAACUAAGGUAUGUCGAAACAUUAAAUUGAAUCACCUCAAAUAGAAGUCCGCUAUUCGAAAGGCAGAAAAUGUAUGGUCAAGCAAGUUCUUUUAGGGUGGUGCUGGACUUCUCUAGGGGGUGCUAGACACCACUUUGCAAGGUUGCGCACCCCCUCCCCCGUACUCCCACGGUAGAUCCGCCCUGCUUUUGAUUUAAUGGGUGAUUGCAGCUAUGGACUAAAUUUUGAUCAAGGCAAAAAGAACGAAAUCCAACACCACAGCUAGAAAGAGCGUCUUAGAAUGAGUAAAACUGCAAAGAUUGCUAAAUGUUGUAAAAUGAAGAAAAUAUAGUCCUGUGAAGUUCGCAAAUUUUGCAUAUAUUUGUAUUACACGCGGUGAAAAUAACCACUUUCGGCUCAAAAAUGGUUAUUUGUCCCGCGCGUAAUACAAAUAUAUACAAAAUUUGCGAACUUCACAGGACUAUAUUUUCCUCAUUUUACAACAAUUCGCAACCAAACUUUGCAAUUUUACUCAUUUUAAGAUGCUCUUUCCAGCUAAGUUAAUGGGUUUCGUUCUUGUUGUCUACAGGGUGUAUCAAAAUAAACGCAAUUCAUCUUUUGUGCUUAAUAACUUUCGAAAUACUAUUUCUAGUUAAACUCUUUUAGGCUUACUUCAAAGCCUGUUCUUUUCUCUUUCAAACAAACUAUUAUCCUUGUCUCCAAUGCUAGUAAUAAUUGCACAGGAAAAGAUUUAGUAAAACCUAUCAUUUUUAGUUGUUGUUUAAUUAUGCAUGUUUACUAUGUUAUUGUUUAGUCGGUUUAAAUGUUAGAAUUUUCUUCUUUAAACUUUAAUGUUGUCGUCACUACAUCUGGAAAAACACGUAAGAACAAAUUAAAAGUAUUUUAAAAGAGACCAGGUUGUUUGAAAAUCCUAAACGAAUGCUAAAAAUCGUCAAAACGUUCUGGUGUCUGAGCCAGAGUGUCAUCGAAUUGCGAUGUAAUGUAAACAGAAAUUAUAACAAGUUGAUGUCAGUCAGCUUAGAUAGUCCAAGCCAAAAUUAUAUCGCAUCUCGAUCUCCAAUCGCAAUAACGUAAAGUAUUAUUACCCGCGAACCAAUGAGUCAAAUUUAAGAAACAACCCACUGUUAGAAAGCUGAAUGGCCACGCUUUAAAAUUAAUGUAAACUUUAACGUUUUCGUCUAUUAUUUGUUUAGCAAUUUACAUUUCAGUCGAGGAUUGCGCUUUUUUUGAUACACCCUGUAGAUCAAAAUUUCGUGUAUAGCUGAAAUCAUUCAUAAUUUUCAUUAAUCUUCCGUUCCUAGGCAUCAAGCAGCACUCCUUAUAAAGCGAAGCGAGAUAUCACACGAAGCACAAUCACCACGUCAUCAAAUGGCGUAACCCAGUCCCCUAAUGUGAACCCAGCCUCUCGGUCAGGCGAGAAAUCGAGCAGUGCGGAUUUACUAAAACAUUUACAAGAUCGCGUAAAGAAAUUGAGAGCUGAAAAUGAGAACUUGAAGAAAACUUCAGAUAAGGAGAGUUUAGCAAAGAACACUCGUCAUGUAAGAGAUCUUAUUACUAGCAAGUUUUAAUAUCGUAGCGUGUAUUCUUGACUUGAACUCUAUUCUUGACUUGCAAUCGAUCCCUUGAGAAUUAGAAGACAAUGGCACGGCGGCCAUGAGAUUCUUUUUUUGAAACAUGGCCGUCGCCCACAUCAUUGCAAGUCAGGAAUAUACAGGGAUAUAUAAAAAAGAUCCAGCUUUAAAGUGCUCUUGUGCGCUCAAUGUUGAGUGAUUUAUUUUUUAAUAUAAAAUAAAGAUUAGGGUUUUAGCUUUCGAAUGACAUCUUUCUUGUGUCAUUUCAAGCAAAAAUGACCAAAUGCGAGCCGAUUAAAAAUUUCGGGUUGAAAUCACAUUUUCCCAUCUAUGUGCAUUAUCAAAUGAAAUUUCAUUUCCCCAGCUGAUUCCAGUUUUUCUAACGGAUCAUAUCACUAAUCAAGUUCUCAGUCAAAACACGAAAUUUUGGCACUCCUUGUAGCCUUGUGUUAAAAACGCAGACAAAAACAGUACCGACCUGACCGCGUAGCUCAGUUGGCAGAGCAUUGGGCUAGUAUUCCAAAGGUCGUAGGUUCGAUUCCCACCGUGGCCGGGCAUAUUUUUCAAGCUUGCCCGGUGUGGAUACACACUCAGAGUAACAUCACAAACAUCAUAUUCACCUGAGUACACAACACCAACACAGCAAAUCAAAAACAGUACCGUCAUCUUUGGCUUCAUUUUUUGGACGCGCGCUCCUACCUACUGCAGAUGUUUAUACAGCUUACUGGUAUCAUGGAUGUAAUAUAUGAACAACGAGAGCGAGUGUUUCACCGGGAUAUCCAAACACGAGAAAACAAUGUAUGAAAACACGAGCGCGAAUCAAUGUAUGAAAACACGAGCGCGUUUUCGAGCGUUUGGAUAUCCCGGUGAGACACGAGCUCGAGUUGUUUAUAUGGCUUCUCAAAUGAAUCGAGACCUAACAUUUUUUUCACAGGGAGGCUGCCCAACUAGUCUGAGAAUGAGCAUGGGAAAUGACAUGUGGGUUCGCAGACCUGCCACCCAACUUUAUAAUUUAAUAUCAGCCAAUUAUUUUUCAUUCUAGUCAGAAAGCGCUCUUCUGCAAAGCAAAGGUUUAACCAUAUCACAACUUCGCACUCCGACAAAGGUUCGUGUAUAGAUUUUUAAAUGCCGUAGUGAUGCGAACAAUAUGUGCGAAUAAUAUUUGAAUAAUAUGCAAACAAUAUGGGAAUAAAAUGCGAAAAAUAUGCCAGUAAUAUAUGCGAAUAAUAUGUGAAUAAUUUUCGAAUAAUAUGCAAUCUAUAUGCAAAUAAUAUUCGAAUAAUAUAUAUGCAAAUAUUCGAUAUUAUGCGAUUGUUUCGAAAAAAAAACACUGGUUAAAACACUCAAUGGGUUAAUCCUUUAAGUGCCAGCGCUCUCCCCUUGACGAAUAAAAUCGUCUGGCGUUAGAUACCAGACAGAGUAAAAUAAUAAAAGUAGGGCGCUUUGUAGCCUGCUCAGCAGCCGCGAGGCUGGGCGCUUUGGGGCGCAAUACUACUCAAUGGGUUAGGUACGCUUACGUACCUAUUUUUUUACUAAUGAAGCUGUUAUUGUUUUAGGGUCGUGGAUCAAUGAGCGAUAAUAUUGAGCAAGUGUCACGCAUUCAAAAACUGUUAGCCAGCUCAACAAAGGUGGGUGUAUGAUAAAAAUUAAGAUAGCAGUUAUUGAUAUGAGCCGAUGAUGAUCGGUUUUUAUCGGAAGAAGCCGAUAAUCGGUAACCUGGCCUUAAGCCCUGGGCAAACUAGGACACAUUGUUGCGGAAACAUUUGUGAUUCUCGAUGUUUCCUCAAAUGUUUCCAUGUUUGCCCACCCGUGGAAACAUUGUUGCGGAAACAAAAUUUGCUUCCCAGGAAGCAAAAAUGUUUCCUACAAACUUCAGAAACAUUUGAUGUUUCCCUAUGUUUCUCACUAAUGUUUCCUACUGUUUGCCCACUCUGGGAAACAUGGCGAAACAUUGGUAGGAAACAAUGUUUCCGCAACAAUGUUUCCUAGUUUGUCCAGGGCUUUAUUGGUUAUCUCCCGUUGACAUCGCUGAUCAUCAUGUAGUCAAAAUUCAGGGGGAAAUUACAUGUACCUGAUUGGCUGAGACGCAAGCGCGGGAGGUUUCUUGUUUUAAAUAGCAAUACAAAGAAUGGCUUCUCGCUUUGUCGUCGCGGAUAAUGAUGUUAUUGAAGAAUUAUUAAAAACGUCUGGUGAAAACCAGUGAACUCUAUGUAAAGUUCACUGGUAGAAACUUGAACGCUAGCAAAAGUACAAAUUUAUGGGUUGGAGUUAUUAAGAAAUGGGCAGCAUUAAUUAAGGAACAUCGGCGAAGACAUGGAGACAUACAAGGUUCAAGAACUUGACAAGUUCACAAUUUACUUAUACGAAUAAAUUUUACCCUCUAUGAUUAACAAGUACAAUCGCAUAGUUCCUCGAGCGUAAAAUUAAGAUUUAAUUCCACUUGUGUUUUCAAAGUGUUUAAAGCUUCAUGAUGUUUGUUAAUCUUUUAUAGGAUGAUUGA